GAUUGGUCGACCGUUAUAACAUCAACCGUGACAGAAAUAUUUCUCUCGCAGUCUAAGAAAUAGAGGAAGAGACAGCCAGAGACAGUAGACUCAGGAAACACAUUCAGGUCUGUUUUCAAAAAUCUCUGGAAGGAAUCAGAAGAGGGAGGACUUUAGAAAGAAAGAAAGAAAGAAACAAAGAGAGAAAGAAACAAAGCAGAGCAAAAAAAAAAAGCAGGGGGAGAUGACAGAAAGGUGGACUUAUUAACUUAUGACUCCUGAGGGCAGUGGAGAUUUUUCUCUUAAGAACAGGAGUGUUUUCAAAAUCAGCAUAAAUGCGUCUCAACAUGUAGACAUUCUGCAGUUUUCUGGUUAGAUUUCCCCCUUUUUUUCAUCCUCCCCCUGACUUUUCUCAUUUACUCUGAACGCCAGCAAGGAAAAGUCUGAAUGUUUCUGGAGAAAUCUGAGGGAUGCGUUUGAGACAAAGAUGCAAAGCAGAGAAUUCUGACAUGGUGCCGAUCCAAAUUGACAGAGACGAGGACAGAGUGGACUGUUCAGAGGCAGACACGUCUCCCACCAGACACAGGUUUCGACUCAGCUUGCAUCAGACAAUAACCUCCAGUAGAGUAAAAGAAGGAUCAGAGUGACCGGUAUCCAGAGAGAGGAGGAGAGCAGGGAGGAAGUUCCCUUUCUCUCUCUCGGCCCGUCUCGUUGUCAGGCUGGCCAGCUCAGCCAUGGCAUUCACCUUUGCGGCCUUCUGCUACAUGCUCACCUUGGUACUGUGCGCCGCGCUCAUCUUCUUUGUCAUAUGGCAGAUCAUUGCAUUUGAUGAGCUUCGCACGGACUUCAAAAACCCCAUUGAUCAGAGCAAUCCCACCAGAGCGAGGGAACGAAUUCUCAACAUUGAAAGAAUCUGCAACCUACUUCGCAGACUGGUGGUGCCUGAAUACUCCAUCCAUGGGCUCUUCUGCCUGAUGUUCAUGUGUGCUGGAGAGUGGGUCACACUUGGCCUAAAUAUCCCGCUGCUCUUCUACCAUCUGUGGAGGUUCUUUCAUCGGCCGGCUGAUGGAUCAGAGGUUAUGUACGAUCCUGUCAGCGUGAUGAACGCCGACAUUCUCAACUACUGUCAGAAGGAGUCCUGGUGUAAGCUGGGCUUUUAUCUGCUCUCUUUCUUCUAUUAUCUCUACAGUAUGGUCUACGCCUUGGUGAGCUUCUAACACACAGGAGAUCUGAAGAAAUAAAAGGAAGUAUCUAUAAGAAAGACAGAAAGGAGCAAAUGGAGACAUAAACUGUCCUUCUCUCCAUGUAUCCUGACUUCAUCUGGCUUUGGUUUUGACAGUCUAACCUCGGACAAAACAAGAGGACCAAUCUAAGUGAAUGUGAUCGUAAAGGUGUUGCUCCGUUCGACUAUCGCUUUAUCCCAGAUACUGCCGUCGGACAACAUUUGAAGCAUUGAAAUGAAUCAGAAAGAAGACAUAGGUGUUUGUGUUGCCUUCGACCCAUCACACAAUUUAACAAUAUUUCUGAAGGGCUGGAUUUUUCCCAUGCUGCUCUUACUAAUCCAGUCGCUCAAGUCACUGUGAAUUUCCAAACACUCUGGGGCUGGAAAAAAAAUAAUACGUCUGUACUCUUUGACUUUGACAAUGUACUAAAAGCAGGAUUGUUUUGGUAUUAUUCCAUACAUUUAAGACACCUCUGAUAUCAAACUGUUUGCUUUGAUAGUGUGACAGGUGCAUUAAAGUGUAAGAAAAAGGUUAAAUUGUGGAGGAGAACUUUAAAAUACUGUAAGAAAUGCAGAAGGCCCGGUAAGAAAAAAAACGAGUUGGUGUGAGUGCAGAGGCUUUGAACCAGAAUAGAUGGAGAUAAAGCACAGACCAAUAAAACAUUUGCCUGGUGUUGCCUCUGCCAGACGCAAAGUCAGAUAUGAUGCUGUAUAAAAAAAAAAACAGCAAGGAAAUAAUCCUAAGUUUGACUUUGAGGGUCAAUGCUUGCAGUGUGCAUUCACAACAGGUAUGUCCAUAGCUGUGAUGCUACAUGCUAGGUUCAUGCUUUCCAAAGAGCUUUAUGCUCAGACAUAUAAUGCCAAAAGUUUGUACCUGAAAAACGUUGUGCUAAAUUUUAAAAAAAAGAGUCACUUUGGGCAAGUUGAAAGAAAAUAAUAAGCUUACAAAGUGGAGCCUCUUGCAGUGGCCUUGCCUUUAAUUUGACUUUCUUUAACACACUUUUAGCACAGUGUUUUUCCUUGACAAAAAAAACCGAAAAAAAACUUAGUUCUGUUGUAUUUUUAGUGUGCAGGGAGCGCCUUAUUCCUACUACCAGUGAAGUUUACUCUUACUCAUCUGCAUCUAUACUAUAGUCAUUUUAGCACAGCGACUUUUCUCUGAUCCGAGGUAGAACAUAGUAAUCUCAUGUACAAAAAGCAAUUAACAACAACAAACUAGCAAUGUAAUAUGAUUCAUGAGACAUAUCGAUGAAAUGUUAUUCAGUAUUUGUAAUAACUGUGAGUGGGACGCAAGUGGCAGAUGAGACAAUAAUUAUGACAAUGUUUAACUUAUUUAAGAAGUGUAAAGGCAGUGAUGUCACCUCAGUGCAUCUACAAUCAUACAGUUUGAGAAGGGACAGACCUAAGACACUGAUGUCGCUGAUGACCAAGAUGUGUAAGCAGCAAAGCCUUUCCUCAGAUGGUGCUGCCUUUGCUGUCAUGUGUUCAUUAGUUUGAUCUAUUUGUAGAUAAGUGAUGGUUCGAGUGUGUGAUUUCAGUAAAAGACCAGAAACUCUUGAGGGGUCAGAACAAACUGUGAUGUUAUCAUAGGGUGGCUCAACGUGUAGUAAAUGGUGGUGAUGGCACCUCCGAUGGUUGAAAUGUGCGGCUCAAUUACUUAACAAACGUCUCGAGUACUGCAGCCUAUUGAAGUAGCUUCGAAUUAUGUGACAUGAGUUACAGCUAGAAUUUAAAAAUUAGCUGAUUCAUGACAACCACUGACCAAAUCACUUUUAGAAACUUUCAUACAGAACACACUGUACCAUAUUGCAGUACACAUUAUGGUCAUGUACAUUUUAACUGCGCACGAGGAUGCAGAUUUUUUCCCAAUUUACUUCUCUAUUAAUUCAUUUUCAAACUUCAGGGAACACAUUGAGGCACGACUCUCAUUUCCGAUGGUGCCGAGAGACAUACAAUAUUAAUAACACAAAAUUAUCUUUAAUACCAGGACCAGUAUGAAGGCUGAAGGCUACCAUUCCAAUGUCAUCUGCCCAUUAAAUACCCAUCAUCUGCACACUUCUCUCCAAUAAAUAUGGGAUAGUCGGGAGGUUCUCCCCUCUUAAGUAGCUCAGUAGAUUUGUUAUCAUCCAUUCUGAUCACUGCUAAACAGAAAAUAACCUUGCUAAAGUUGGUGUAUGGGGUAUUUUAUCCCCAACCAAGAACUUCUCUAAACUUAAUCAAAAAAUUUUGAUACCUAAACUUAAACAUACACUGACUGUAAAACAGCAGUGAAAGUUAAACUCAAAGCCUGACCAAAGCCAAAACAUACACAGUAAUUCUGGACCACAAUGGGAUGUGAAGUCUCCUGGAGGAAUAUCCGCUGACUUCUACCUCCUCUAAACACUCCAACCUGUACAUGUGGACUAUUGUUCCUCCUUUCACAUGCUAAAUUGUGGUAACACUUCCAUUAAAUGGGCUAAUAAAGUCCAUACCUGACUAUAUAUGUGGGAAUGAUGUGCUCUGAAAAGGUCUGUUCUGACUUCUUAAAUUUGUCUGUUGCACUCAGGCUUGAAGGCAUUAGUAGAACAGAAGUAAAUCUUCAAAAACAUUUCACAAAAAUGUUCUUUGAUUUUUAAAAAAAGGUUAAAUUACUUUUGAAAACAGCACUGUAGAUUUAAAAUCAGGAAUAAAUAAUUGCUUUGCAUCAGGAAUACUUUAAGCAGCAGAUAAAUAUACAAAUUAUAGGAGCAGUUUUUAUGACAGCAGCACAGCGUCUGUGGCAGUAACUCAAAUAAAACGCAGUGUGCAUGUUCAUCUUGAUGAACACACAUGCUACCCAGCUGGGCAUACUAAUGUGCUUUAAAUAGUUUCCGGACGACAAUGGAGCUCUUUGACAUGGACACAUAAUAUAUAUUAGGCUUUGGUAAGCGGGGAUCGAUGCUGUGCUGGUUUCUGUCUUUUCACAGAAUCUAUUGACAUAUUAAAAAUGUAAAAUACCAGAGCGCCCAGAUUGCUCAGCUGGCUGAGGAGGCAAACCAUAAACAGGGGCUGUAGUCUCUGACUUGGUGGUCAUGGGUUCAAAUCCAGGCCAUCCCCAUUUACUGCAUGUCAUUUCUCCACUCAUCUAUUCAGGUUUUCUGUCUCUCUUUCCAUUGUCCUAUAUAUAAUAAAGGCAAAAAGGACAAAUAUAAACAUGCAAUCAGCCAAAAUAAUGUAUACACACGAGGAAAAAAAAAUUGCAUAAAUAUUUCAACACCAAAUUUAUUCAGACAUCACGAGAUUAAUACAAGUUACCUUUGGCCUGUACGAUUACAAGAGGUGCUCAAAGUGGCGGCCAUUGGCUUCUAGACAUUUAUGUUAUGUUGUAGACGUCACUUGUUGUGAGGGUAAUGCCAUCUGUUGGGAAAACAUCGAACAACAAUACACAGUGUUUGAUCAAACUUCGAAAGAGGUAUCUAUAUGUGUAGAAAUAUUUAUCCAAAUUAAAUAUUCAUGCAAGUUUUUCUUUCUUUUCCUGAUGUGUUUAUAUAUUAUUUUGGCUGACUCUGAAAAUUACAAUGUCACAUAAUAGCUUUUUGACUAAAGAAAUGCCACAGAUUCUAUACACAUGUCCAUGCAGUGUCAGUCAUAAUCCAUCCCAUUAGAAGAGCGUCUCAAAAAUUUUAAUUUCAACACCUGAUGCAUCUUUAAUAGGCUGUCAGUAUUUCUGAAGACAUGCAGAAGACAGUACAUGUUGUGCCAAACGCUGUUCCCAUGAAAGUAAUCACAGGACACCGAGACCUCAAAACUCUGCCAGCAAUGUGAGCGUGUUGAGUGUGGACAAUCACUAUUAAAGCACAGGAACACAAGGGAAGGAGGAGAAAUACAGCUUGGUUGAAUGUCAUUCUGUAGUUGCUCUAAACAAAGCAUUUUAGAAAAUUGUAUUUAAGUAUAUCUAUUUGUAUCUGUCUUUUAUACAUUUCUCAUCGACGUACGCUACAGUAAAUUUGGUGGAUUACUUUAUAUUUAUUAGGUUACACUAUGAUGGACAGCUAUUCACAUGCCGUAUUCUAAUAAAACAGUAAUGCCAAAA